AUGAACACUCUUGCAAAACUUCUGGCUUUGGCAGCCUUCGCUGCUGCUGCUCCUUCUGUGGGCAACCGUGGCCCUUCGCCGUUUGAAGUCCAACUGGAAAUGCGUGGAAACUCCGAGGUCAAAGCCACCUUCACAAACAAGGGCAAAGAUGCUGUGAAGGUUCUUAAGACCGGCAGCGUGCUCGACACCUCCUCUGUUGAGAAGGCCAAGGUCUUUUCUGGCGGGGCGCCUGUGCCCUUCCAAGGUGUUCGCCUUAGACUUGCCACGGAUUUACUCAAUGACAGUGACUUUCAGCGCAUCUCUCCUGGCGAAACCGUGGAAGUGACUUUCGACAUCGCUCAAACGCACGACCUUUCGUCUGGUGGCAAGUUUGACAUCUUGGCUGAUGGUUCCUUUGCCUUUGCAAAUGAGAAGAGCAACGUUUUGAUCGGCUCCAUUCCCUAUGUCUCGAAGCAACUUGGCAUUGAGGUUGACGGUGGGGCUGCUGCUGCUGUUCAUUCUGCCUUCCAUGAGAAGCGCACUCGUGUGCAAAGCGACUGCCAAGGUCAACAGCUACAGGUCACCCAGACGGCGCUGCGCAACUGCGCUUCGAUUGCUCGCAAGGCUCAGCAGGCUGCUGCAUCUGGUCCAGCCGCAAAGCUGCAGGAGUACUUCAAGUCAUCUAGCCAGCAGGUUCGCAACACGGUUUCGACCGUCUUUGGUCGUGUUGCCUCGGAAUGCGGCUCGACCAACAGUGGCGUUUCCACCUACCACUGCCGCGACCCCUACAGCUAUUGCGAGGGCCGGGUCCUUGCGUACACGAUCCCGUCGUACAGUGUCAUGGUGUACUGCCCGCUGUACUUCAACAGCUUGCCGGAUCUCAGCAACGCCUGCCACGCCCAGGACAAAGCCAACACUAAUCUUCAUGAGUCUACCCACCUGACUCAGAUUAAGGGCACUGACGACUACGGUGGUUACGGCUAUGACUUUGUUCGCAGCUUGACCCCGGCCCAGAAUCUCAACCACGCGGACACAUACACUCUUUAUGCGCAGGCGAUCAACGUUGGCUGCUAG